GAACCGCGGCCGCCAGCGUCCGCACGGGCGCCGCCGCCGACAUGCACGGCCCGCGACCGCGCGCGCUCCGCAGCCUCGCGGCCGUCGUCGCGCUCGCUUUGGCCUGGUUGCCUCACGCCGACCACGCUGCGGGAGCCGGAAGGGGUGGCAUGUUCGGAGAUGUCAACAUUUCCGCAAUAUUAGAUUCACUGAGUGUAAGCUAUGACAAGCGAGUCAGGCCGAAUUACGGCGGACCGCCGGUGGACGUCGGCGUCACCAUGUACGUGCUGUCCAUCAGCUCGUUGUCUGAAGUGAAAAUGGACUUCACUUUGGAUUUCUACUUUAGACAGUUCUGGACGGACCCCAGACUUGCUUACAACAAGAGGCCUGGAGUCGAGACUCUGUCAGUGGGUUCAGAGUUCAUACGAAAUAUUUGGGUGCCCGAUACGUUCUUCGUGAACGAGAAGCAGUCUUAUUUCCACAUCGCCACGACGAGCAAUGAGUUCAUACGCAUUCAUCAUUCUGGCUCUAUCACUCGCAGUAUAAGAUUAACUAUCACCGCAUCUUGCCCAAUGGACCUGCAAUAUUUUCCAAUGGAUCGACAGCUAUGCAACAUCGAAAUCGAAAGCUUCGGCUACACCAUGCGGGACAUCCGAUACAAAUGGAACGAGGGGCCCAACUCUGUCGGAGUGUCGAGCGAGGUGUCGCUCCCGCAGUUCAAGGUGCUCGGCCAUCGCCAGCGAGCCAUGGAGAUCUCGCUCACGACAGGAAACUAUUCGCGACUGGCAUGUGAAAUUCAGUUCGUACGCUCGAUGGGCUACUAUCUCAUUCAGAUUUACAUUCCGUCUGGGCUGAUCGUGAUCAUCUCUUGGGUCUCCUUCUGGCUGAACCGGAACGCUACGCCCGCCAGGGUGUCGCUCGGCGUCACCACCGUCUUGACCAUGACUACGCUAAUGUCUUCGACCAAUGCUGCUCUCCCGAAAAUCUCGUAUGUCAAGUCAAUUGAUGUCUAUCUGGGCACCUGCUUCGUUAUGGUCUUCGCUAGUCUACUAGAGUACGCGACCGUGGGCUACAUGGCGAAAAGGAUUCAGAUGCGCAAACAACGGUUCACUGCCGUUCAAAAAAUGGCUGCCGAGAAGAAAAUGCAAAUCGACGGUGUUCCCGGGCCUUCAGUUCCUGAGCCUCUGCCUCCACCUCGCACCAGCACCCUGACCAGGCCUGCGCCGCCGAGUCGAUCAUCGUCUUACAAUCCUCACACACAGGAAGUGCGAUUCAAGGUCCACGACCAGAAAGUGUACUCGAAGGGUGGCCCUUUGGACAACAGUAUCAACGGACGUGGCGGACCUUCGGCCUCUAUGCAAUCCCUUCCUCACUCGAUCCACUCAGCCCAUCCCGCUCACCCGGCCUUGCCUGCACACGCAGCGCUCCCGGCCCACGUUACCCUCCCGGCACACGCGGCUCUUCCAGCACAUACGGCGAUACCAGCGCACACAGUGCUGCCGGCCCACGCAGCGCCACCGGCUGCCCCGGCCCCGCCGCCUGAGGGUGAAGAAGCUGUAGCACCACACCUAAUCCAAGCAUCAAAGGGCAUCACCAAAAUCCUGGGCACGACGCCAUCGGACAUCGACAAGUAUUCUCGUAUCGUGUUUCCGGUCUGCUUCGUCUGUUUCAACCUGAUGUACUGGAUCAUAUACCUGCACGUGUCGGACGUGGUCGCAGAUGACCUGGUGUUGCUCGGCGAAGAAAACUAAAUUCGGUUUUGAUUCGUUGCGUGCAUUGAUGACACCUAACAGGGGUACCUAAGCAUCGAACCACGACUGAGUAUUCACUCGAGUGCUUUUUAUAAAUGUAUUUAAAUCUUGCUAUUUGCAAAUGAUCCCUAGCACAAGGAAUUAGGGAAUUAAAAAACAUUAAAAAAAUAUGUCACGAACGAGGUUCGUCACGUUAUAUUUUAAAGGGUUCAAAUAUAAGUCAAUCUAUAUUAUGGUAGAUAUUAGUAUUAAAUCUACAGUUGUACAGUCCUGAAACUACGAUAUCAAAUUUUCUCGUAAAUUGAGUAAGUUUCCAAGUACGCACGAGUAGCUAUGAUUUCUUAAUAAUGUUAUAUAGUAGUUCAUUGAAUAAUUGUAUGUUAUGUUUUUUUUUGUAAUUCUAUUAAAGCAAAGACUUAACUAGUAUAACUCGAUACUUAAGUCAUACUUGUAACUUUACUGUAGAUGACUAUUGGAGUAUAACGUAGAGCCUAGGCAGUUCACCAGAUAUAUUAGAAUAGGGGAAGUGGGUCACUUUCAUUUUACCCUGUACAAGUUUUGCUAUUAUGUUUCCACUCAUUUCAGUUGCUCAAAAGAACUGUAAAGUUAGAUGUUAUUUGAUGUGGCAUUAUGAAUAAUGGCCGGCAGAGAAUGGUUGCAAGUCUAAUUGUAAAUAGGUAUAAUUAUUAUAAUAGCAUCAUCAUCCAUCAGUGUUUAGAUUACAAAAAAUUAUUGCAAAUGGUAUUUACUAAACUAUAGGUUGCUUGGUGACUAUUUAUCAUAUUGUGUGUCAAUUUCGAGCAUUAUUCAAAAUGUUCAAACACAUCACAUUGCACAUAUAACAGACAAUUUAAAAUUAAGUGCUAUAAACUACAAUCCGUUUCAUAAAAUUAGUGCCUCUUUUUAUCAAGUGGUCCAUAGAAAUAUAAUGAGUAGGUGUAAUAACUCGUGCCAAUAGGGCCCUGAUAAAUGAUGAUUCUAUCUCUAGUUACCUGUUAAUAGUAAGGUGGAGAGACUUACUAGUCUUAUUAAAAAAACGAAAUACCAUGCUAUCUUAAGGCCUCAUUCGCACGAGAACUUUUUUAACGUCCGUUAAAAAAGGGGUUCAAAUAGAACUCCCAAGGGUUUCAAAUAGUAUCUGUUCACACGUAUUCCCAA